GCUCACGCAGGGGCGGGUCACGGCAGCGCGAAGCGGUGCUCGGCGGGAAGGGAGGUCGUGGCGGUAGCCGUGUCUGCGGGGACAACAGCAGCGGCGGCCGCAGGGACAGCAGGAGCAGCGGUGCUGUCAGUUAGGCCGUCGGAGAAAUGGGAGACCCUGGGUCGGAGAUAAUAGAAUCCGUUCCUCCAGCUGGGCCUGAGGCAACUGAGUCCACAACCGAUGAAAAUGAAGAUGACAUUCAGUUUGUUUGUGAAGGACCAUUGAGACCUGUUCUUGAAUACAUUGAUCUGGUCAGCAGUGAUGAUGAAGAGCCAAGCACCUCUCAUAGUGAUAGAAUGCCUGAGUCUAAGGUGCCAUCCUCUGAGAAUCAUCGCCCAGAAAUGUGCUCUAGCUGCAGUGUUCCUCUUCCCAUUGGAAAGAGCAACUCCUCUGGGAGUUGCACCAGCAGUCCACAAAGGAUAGUUUCUCAACCUUCUUCUGUUGAGAACCCAUUGGAGAACCAGAAAAAUGAUCAAAAUAAUUCAGAUGUUAAGAUCUCUGAGACAGAAACACUUAAGUCAUCACAAAAUUAUCAGACUCUGCCUUCAUCUCCACUUCUGGUCCCCCAAGAAUCUUUGGUCUCUUCAGAGGUCAAGGAGGAUUUAUCUCCAGAGUCUUCAUCUUCACAGCAUGGACAGGAUGCCAUCCUCUAUCUCCAGACACAAGUGGCUGAGAUGUCCCGAGUGAUACGUGAUCUUCAGUCUAGGAGUUGUUUCAGAUUUCAUCAUUCUAGGCCAAGUGAGAACUCCUCAGUACCUUGGGACAUCACCUCCAAGGAAGAAAACUUAUCCACAGUUGAAGAAGAGGCUGACUGCAAGUCCCCUUCAGCUGAUGACAAAGGGCAGCCAGCUGACCCCAGUCAGACUAGUUUCACAGGCCUUUUGAAGAGAAUGGAACAGAGAGGUGUUAUAAAGAGAGUAACAUUACAGUCUGAAGGAGAAUCAUGUGACGGAAAACCUGAUUAUGUGACCUCUAAAAAACGUUUGGUUCCUCCAUUGCAUCCUCUUCUAAGAAUUGCUACCACUGAGGUUUUUAAAGACCCAGCUGAUUGCCAUCCUUCUUCUUUCAUGGGACACAGGGUAUAUCCUGUGGCCAAGGAUACCUCUCCUUUCCAACCAAAUCCUCCAGCUGAGGGCCCCAUUGUAGAAGCUUUAGAGCAUAGCAAAAGAGGAAGCACAGCAUCUCCUCUAGAUUCUACCUCAAAAGAAAUGGAGGUCAUGGGUUGUAGAUUCUACCAUGCUGCUUCCAUUGCAGCCCGAGCUGCUAGCUACAUGGCCUAUAUGACUCAAUAUCAGCGUAAACUCUGGGAAGACAUGGAGGACCUGGUCCACGACCCAGAAUUUGAUCGUGGAAAAGCAAGAUGUAUAAUAUCUGAUGGUAUGGAUGCAGGCCUUUGGCAGCUUUGUACUACUAGGGACAUAAUGGACUCUGUAGUCAGAGUUAUGGCAAUGGCAGUAGACUACAGAAGGCAAGCCUGGCUCCGACUUACAUCUCUCACUAAGAAAACCCAGGAGAAGAUCUCACACUUGCCUUUUGAUGGCACUUCCCUCUUUGGACAAGAUGUGAAUGCUGUUGUUGCAGAAGAAAACAGUAUAAAAGAAAAUGACUAUAAAGACCACAGCAAAUACUAUAACCAACAUCGAUAUUUUUAUAGUCAUGAUCAGAAAGUACAUUAUCACAACAGAGGGUACUCCAAAGGGGAUUGGUACAAACCCCGAAAUCACCCCUAUAGAUACAGAAAAAAAGGGGAAUCUCCAGAACGCCAUGGGUACAAGAAUUAGUAGCCUGAAUUUCAGCAGUAUAGCCAUCCAGCAUCCUAAGUAUUUAUUUGGUCUUCCUGACUUACACAGGAUUUACAGGUAGGAGGUCACCUCCAAAACUGAAUGAAUGUCUAGAAUUACCACAGCUGAUGUUUAAAUUCUAGACUUUUGGAAUGAAGUAUAUAAUAAAGAUAAUCAUCUUUUAUUGGCCAAAUGAGCAGCAGAGACUUUUCAUCUGAGUAGGGCUGGACAGAGAUUUACCCAUUACUUCUGGUUCAAAGUAAGCCCAGAGGAAGAUACUCAGGAAUUUGAAUCCUCUUGUGAUUAAAGAAGAAUAUAAAGAUUGUUCCUCAGGAAAAUCUUGCUGGUAAACUGAGGACUAGCAGAUUUUGGGCCUGGAAAUAACCUACUACUUACUAGGUCUCUGUUUAACACAGAGGCAAAUCUUUUGUCUUUAGGUCAUCAGUACUUCCUUGUUCUGGCUUCAUUGGUCAGAUCUUCACAAAAUGACAAAUCUGUUAUAAUCUGUCUAUAUCAGGAUGAUCAACUCACUGGGGGUCCAUACUACUCUCAAGCUCUAUGAGACUUCAAAAUCAACCAUGAAGCUGUAUAUCUAGAACUGGAAUUGAAAUUUUGCCAAAUCCAAUUUGCUUCUAGUGAGAUGACUAGACGUCACAGGUCUACUGUCGGCACCAGCUGGAAAGAUACUUUUCUACCUGUAACAUCUCUGUAAAAAUUUCACAGUAACUAUCUUCAUUGAGACUGAUGGCUAUCGUGCCAUCACCACUUCAAGUUACGUAUGAGGGAAUUUUUUGCUGUUAUCACUCAUAAGUCUUUGACCUAUCAAGCUCUCAUAUCAAACUGUGAGACCCAGUAAUGGAGUUCUGUCAGGAUAAUCUGGACCUUUCACCAAGAUGACCUUCUAAAACAAACCCACCUUCUAAACACUUAACUUUUUCCGAGCUUGAUAAUUCGUCACACUAUAAAUACAAAAAAGAUAAUACACCAAAAUAUACAUUGGUGCCCUGGAAAUAAAGGAUAUUACUCAUACCAUCCAGGCAUGCAAAUCUGAACUCUUAAAAGAGCAAGAAUUCCAAACAUGCCUGACAAUCCAGUCCUCUUACUAUAAUAAAGAGGGAUGCCAUCAAUCCAUGUUACUGAGAAAUCCUUAAGACUUAGAGUGUAACUGUGGAUGCAGUAAAGAGAAUAUCACGCACUUCUGGUUCUGGAUAUCUAUUUAAAUGAUGAUAUCCAUUAACGAUAUCUUAAAAUCUGAAAUCAAGACUUCAGAGACAUAUCUUGGUUUAUUGGUUCCUUAAUCUAGUCAGACUCUUACAAUGAGAGAUGACUGACUUUUUUGCUCCCAAUUGGUUCAAUUAAGAUUUCUCUACCAUCCUGGAACUAGCAGCAGAUACCUCAAUUAUAUGUCCCACAAUGCUCUUUUUAAUUUCAAGACAGUGGCUGUACUGUAUAUGAGCCCUUGUCUUCGUAGCAUGACUUCAGGAAUGGAGACACUUGUCAAGUUUGUGGGAUCUAGAUACAUGGCCUACUAUUAUUCACUUGCCAGUCAAAAAAAUUUCUUUUAUCAGACUUAUAAUUUUGUAACUUCUUUGUCAAACAUCUACAUUUUCUCAUCUGCUUGAUCCAAGUAUUUUGGGUAUACUGUUAAUGGAAUGUAACUGUUCUAGGAUUCACGUGGUUUCUAAUUUCUUGGUAUAGUUCUUGCACAGUGGUGAUUGACAGUUUUUCUCGUGCCCCACUUUUCAGUAGUUUAUUGGAGUUUCAUUCUUCCCCAUCAUAACCAUAUUCAGAAACAUAUUUGUGCUGUAGAGGUUAAAGUGGCAAAUAUCCCUACUUGGAAUGAGUUAUUUUGUUAGAUACUUUGAGGAUACUGUAUUGGUCCAGUUUGUAGAUUAAGCUACAGUCUUUGAUAGAGAUCAUCUUGCAAAGUAGGUUAAGUCAUACCUACAGUUAACAUUUAUCUUUAUUUUUUCUAUAUUUCUACAGUCAUCUACUCUUUUAGGUCCAUGCCAGUGCUAUAGGAACUGUCUUUCAAAUUGAACUCUAGAAGAGCAUUGAUUAUCUUCCUGUAAAGAAACAAGGGCCUACGAAAUCAUAAAAAGAUUUUUAUAGUACAUGAUUUCUACUAUACCAGUUGAGUAGUCUCAUGUGCCAUUGACGUGGGACUAUAGUUUAUUCUGUGAAAGAACUAGUCACUGGAAGAGAAAGAGACCUUGAAACUUCUAUAUGGCUGUACAUGCAUAUUAAAUUAGCUGAGGCUACUUCAAACUGCUCCUGCUUUUCCAUUGCUCUCCUUCCCUGAAUUAAAUACUGGGUCACAAACUUGAUGGUCUUUGAGGUACUCUGAUUUUCCAGAAACCAAACCAAAAAAAAACGAUGCUUGAAGGUAUGAUUCUCUGAAAUUGCUUUGGCACUUCUGCUUAAUAUGCUCCUCCUUUGUAAUUUUUGUAUUUUUUUUUUGUGGUUUAGAAAAAGACAAUAUAAAAUUUACCACCUUAACCAUUUUCAAGUGUACAGUUCAAUAGUGUUAACUAUAUUUACAUUGUUUUGUAGCUCCUCCUUUCUUAAAUAUUUCUAAAACAGCAUUGCUAUUCUCUUCCUCUUGUGUUAUGUUGCUCAGUAACAAAGCUGAAAAAACAUUGCUUUAUCACUUCCUAAUUGAUAUGUCCAACCUUCUCCAGAGAAUUUUCCUAAAAGUAAAGAGGUAUUGGGAAAUUAUUGAAUUGAUCAAGUAGCUCACUUCUGAAGGCAUUUGACAACUGAAUGGGGAUAGGGACAAAAUACUACGGAGUUGGGACUGUUUUUAGCUAUAGAGUAGCUUCUGUCCUGAUGACAGAAGAAACAAUAUCCUUAACCUGUUUGGUUUUUACUAUUUUAAAGUUUUUCUCUGACAUACUUGAAUUAUAAUGGUGUUAUAAAACUAAAAACGAGGACUUUGUCUAGGGACACAACCCCAAUAGCAUAUGGAACUCAUAAUUAGUCAGAUAAUAAGUUUUCAUAUUGUGCCUGCCAUGUGCAGAGCCUGUGACAAAAUUCUCCAUUAGGCCAACCUUGUAUGUUUUAAUACGUACAGGUUUUCUAGGAGGCCUUGCAAUAAUUGCAAGUUUAAAGAUUUGGUAUUCUCAAAAGGGAUGUGUCUAAUAAUACUUUUUCUUAAAAAUGUUAUUUCUUGACUAGACAAAAUGUAGGUGGAGACAAUAUGAUUUCUUGUAGUUACUAUGUACAGAGAAAUACUAUUUCCAUUGUUACAUGAAGUGCCUUUUUAAAUUUCACACUCUUGUUUAAAAGUUAACAUUUUGAUGUUUUGCAUAUGUUGCUGGUGAUAUGUGAAUUUUGUACAGUGAUUUUUAAUCUUGUAGUUUAUUCAUUUGUACAAUUAAUUGCACUAUCUAAAUGUACUCUCCUUCUGAAUGUUUGUUUUCUUUAUAGCACUGUUAAUCCAUUUCAGAAGGUUGUAGAGUAUGUCCCUCCUUUAUUUAAAUAACUUCACAGUAGUAAAUGUUAGUAAUAAUAGUGAUUGGCUCAAUUUUGGGGGCAUUGAGGCAGCUUUUGCUUUUAUCUGUAGAUUCUAGGCUUUUGACUGAGUCAUUUGUCUCAUAUGUAGCCAUAGUAGCAUAAGUUAUAUUUGAUAAGUGGAUGUGCUUAGUUGGUAAGAAGAAACAAGGACAUUAGGGAAAAGCAGUAAAUUUGCUGAUACUUUAUCUUACUUUUUUUUAAGACUGUGUAACCACUUCCUUAUCAUUGUAACUGCACUUAAACUUUUUAAAAUUGUGUGACAGCUCCUUUAUUGAUAUAAUUCCAGUAUUAGCCCUUAAAAUGACAUUUGAGGGGAGCAUAAACUCUUUCAGGCUACUUGGAUACUAAUUAGUAUAUUAUAUUAGUACUGUACUGAUAAUUUACUGAAUGAUACCUGACCAUAUUGAUAAUGUCCUUAAGGUUCCAGUACAUCCAGGAUAACCUUUUAAUUACUAUGAAGAAGGAGGUUGGAAUAGACACAAUCCAGAAUCGCUUCUGGCUAUAAUAUUGGACUCAGUUAAAGGCCACAUUAGUAUUCUUGAAGAUAUAAUUAAUUGACUCGUUCUAAUGAUACUAGAAAUUAUGGAUUAGGUCUUUGUAAAAAGAGUUUUAAAGAUUACAGUAACAAAACUUUUUUAAAGAUGUGAGGCAUAUUAUGUCUGUGACUUGCACUGUUUAGGUUUCCUGAUCUUUUGAAAUUGAUGAUUUUUUAUUCAAUGUUAGUGGCUAGUCCAAUCAAUUGUCAUAACUGUAUACAUUUUUUUGUAUAUUAUUCAGUUGGCCAGAUCACUUCUGCAUAGUUUUUCAUUAGUGGAUACACAAACCAACCAGUUUUUCAUUUUUCACUUAAGAAAAUGUACAGGUGGAAGCUAACAGUAAACUGAUGAUGAUCAUGGCAUUGGAUACAAAUCUUUCAGUUAUUUUUUCAGAUAGACUGAAUUUUGUAAGCCAUUAAAAUACCCUUUUAUGGAAUUUCCCUUCCUGGUGAAUGAUGAGAAUAUUGUUUUAUUAAAUCUUUUUUCUCUUAUAGAUUAGUGGGAUGAUAUUUUUGUAUAACUUUGUCUUUUCAUUUGCUUGACUUUAUACAAUGAGAACUUUUUAAUAGUAGUGUUUGGUACCAUUGAGAUAUCUUAUUACUGGAAAUUAUGUUUGCUUCCAGUUGGAUAUAUCUGGAAGUAAUCAUAGUUCAACUAUGUCCUUUCGGUGUUAGCACAUUGGUCCAUUCUUCAUAUUGUUCUUUUCUUCCUUUUUAUAAAACAUCUCUUUCUAGAAGGAUGUCUGAUCUUGCUUUAAUCUCUUUGAUGUAGAUUAAAUUUUCCAUUCUGCCAGUAUAAGCUAGCCAGAAUUUUGAUGUGGCUUUGUAUUUGUAUAUUUAAAUACGAUGCCUUCAGCAUUAUUAUAGGAGAUUUUCUAGUUUUCUCUUAUAAUGUCCUUAAAAAAAAAGUGCCCAAUCCAGUCUCAACCUACCCCCUAGCUAUUGAAUUUUCAUCAGUCUUUAAUGCUUUCUUGUUUAAUGAUAGUAUUAUUUUCUCAUUUUUACAUAUUUUUCACACAAAUGUAUUAUUACAUAUAGUUUAUGGUCAAUUGCAUCUUUUCUCUGUAUAAAGAUUUUAGGCUCUUCACCAUGAAUUUAUAGUACAGCUUGAGAUAUACUGUAUCUUAAAGUUAGCCAAGUUUUCCGUGGGUUGUAAGGGCCUUACUGGUUUUGUUGAGUAACUGUCUAUUUCAAAUGCUCUAUUAGAUUUUCUCAUGCAUUGUUAAGAAUUCAUAAGAGUUCUCAGGUUAUCUGUACUUUUAGGACUUUGGAGCUCUCUCAAGUUACAUUGACUUUUCAAAUAUUCCUGAGUGUAUUCCUUAGUAGAAGGUGAAGGUAAAUGUUUUAUAACUGGUGAUAAUUUUUAGAGUUCUCCUUUGACUUUAAAUACUUCAAGUGUUACUAUGAGUUGUGUUAGUUGUCCCUUUAUAAGACUAACUUUCAUAUGCUGUUUUUCCUCAGGAGCUGUUAUACGCUUUCUGUUUUUUUUUCCAUAACCCAUAAGAAUGGUUCUAUCACAGCGUUCAAUUUUAAGGGCUACAAUUAGAUCUCUUGUUAACUCCUAUUUGUAUCUAUUAUGGCUGUGUUUCAUGAAUUAUAAUGUAGUAUAAUGUGCUAAAAUAACUACCAGUCAUGUGGCCUCUUUAUACCACUUUUAGUUAUUGAAGCAACAAUAAUGUAAAUGAUGGGGGAAAACAUUUUUUGAUUCA